UCCGUUUUCUCCUUUUCGACACCCGUAGGACGGAGGCAGGCACGUCUUUACAGGCUCGACGCUCAACAGGCUGCUCUUUGGAUGGCAGGCUCCCCGCCCUUGUCCCCUUCGUCGCUUCGUUAUCAGCCCAUGGAGGGCACGCUCACGCUGACGGGCCUCGUCGAGACGAGGCGUGGAGCCAUCUCGGCCGGUGUCUUUUCCGAAUUCAACAGCCCGAGCUGGACGCCGUUUUUCAAUGGCGCCAGUGGGCCCGUCGAGUCCUUUUGGGCAAAGUCCAACGAUGAGCUGAAUGCGUUUACAAACCUGGAGUCGCUGUCUGUCGACGAGCUUCUCUCUGCGGACGAGGUGGCCAGCUCCUCGCCUGCCUCGACGAGUGAGUCCGAGACGCAGCGGCGGACGGUGCCCUCGUCGUCGCUCCAUCUGCCCGCCUGGAACUCGUCCAACAGCCUGCGUUCCGAUGCGGGCUUCCUGCUUUUCGGCGACGAAGCCGAGGACGAUUCGGACAAGGACCAGGGCGCCAAUGACAUUUGGUUUGCGCCGGCCACGACGGCCACGACGCUCCAUCGGAAGCGGAGGAUGGUGGGCCUGGGCUCGGGCUCGCGCAAGUCGAGCUUCACAGAUGCGCGGCGCAGGAGGAGCCUCUCGCCUGCUGGCAACCGGCUGGAUGCGGACAAGUCGGUCCGGCAGUGCGUCAGCGCUCCCGAGCUUCCCAUGCGCACUGAGGAAGGUGCGCCAGGAGAAGCGGUGGACCGCCAAAGCAAAUCUCGCAUCGACAACCUCCUCGCAGAGCUGGGCUGGUCUCGAGAAAAGGCAAAUGCAGUCAUGAGCGAGGCCAUGGAUGCCGACUCGCAGGAGCAGGAGCAAGGGCGGCAGCAGGCUCAUGGCCAACAGCCACAGCAGGGCCAAUCGUCUGGGAGCGCUGCCAAGGUUCCAAGCGGUCUCACCUCGACAGGUGCACUGUUCCAGCGUCGGGCUCACAUGCGAGAGGGCAGCAACAUGCCAUCUCCCUCUCCCGUCGUCAUUCCUGGCUCUAAACAGCCCGUAAAGGGAAAGAAUGGCGAUGAGGACGACGAAGACGAGGCGGUGGAAGUGAUGCGGGAUCCUCAGCACCAGCAGCCUCACAGCGCCACCCUGCCCUUCAGCUCGCUCUCAGAUACACAGAGGCAACGGAUCCUGGCCGAUCUCCAGGCGUCGCAGAUCUCGCAGCAGACGGCGAAUCGGCUGGGCGUCUUCAACGACUUUGUCACCCCCAGCCAGCAGUUCUCUGGUCAGGACGCAAGCGAGCGGGCAGCCAGGGCCGUUCAGGCAGCACUCUUGUAUGGAAUGGAGGGAAAAGGUCCCAACAUGAGCCCAGGCGGUCAGAGGCGCCCUAGCACCGCCAGCUCCGGCGGAUCGAACUCUACUACUGGUAUGAUGACACCCAUCACGCCGCUCCAUCCCUUGGCUCCUGCAGCCACAAGAUAUCAUCAGCACCAGCAGCGCCUGCCUUCGCGCUCCUCGUCCUUGUCGACUCCCUCCAGUGCAUUCAACGCACUCUCGAUGCAAGACCACGCACCACCCUCGGCCUCCAUGGGAGGCCAAUCCUUCCACCAGGGCCAGCCGUUUGCGUAUCAGGUGCCGUCCACCGGUGGACCCCAAACUUCGCUCCCGUUCUCGCCCUCGGCUUUUUCCCACUUCCAACAAAGUGCUGCCUUCCCCGACAACUUUGGCGCGCCACAAUCCGCUGAGGAGACGGACUUCAUGACGCUGGGCAACUCACUGGGUCUGUCGUCGGUCCCUCGGCAAGCGCAGGCGCAGAUGCAACCACAGCACCUCCAACACCACCAACAGCGGGAGGAUGAGAAGAAUCCACCCGUGAUUGACUCCUCCUCGUACGGCCAUAUCUUCGGCGGGAUGCCCCACGUUCAGCACUUUCAGCAGCUGCAACUCCAGCAGCAGCUCCAGCAGCAGCAGCAGCAGGUGGCUUCUUCGCCCAAGAAGAAGUCGCCCUCCAAGACACGGAGCUCGCCGAACCUCCGCACGACACCACCCGCCGCUGGUGAUGCCUCCACGCCCUCGAGGUCGCCCCGCCGAAUCGCCAGCAACCGACGUCUUACUCUCUCUAGCCAGGGGGGGCCCGCGGUGCCUCCGCUCCCUCACCUGCCCAAGUCUCCCUCGUCCAAGGCUGAAAAGCACCUCCGCAGACACUCGCACGCUUCCUCUGUCCUAACAACGGCUUCCUCUGGCACGGCCGACAUGGCCUACCCAGGGGGCAGCAGCAGCGCAAAGUCGCCCAGCGUGGCUCUGCCUCAGCCGGGCAAGUUUGCCUUCGUCAAUUAUGGCAUGGAGGACGCCGAAGAGCUCUGCUCGGCCGUCGCACCCAGUGGCUCCUACAAGGUGCCGCUCAAGGGCUACGGAAGCUCAGACGAGGCGACACCUGGCGCCGGUGAGCAGGAAGAGGGCAAGUCCAACAAGAAGCCGGCAGGAGGCAGGAGAAGUCGGACGAGGACAAAGUCGCACGGUAGCGCCAAGACAGGGCCCCGCUGGGAGCCCGUCGAGGAGGAUUUGUCUUCAGGCGACAAGCAGCAACCGCAGCCGAUGCAGCGCUUUGAGCCCGUCCCGCAGCAGCUCCAGUUCCAGCAGCUGUUCUUUGAUGUCCACGGGGACGAGGUCGGAGGCGAAGGUGCAGACAUGGGCCUGGAUGAUGGUGAUGAGGACGACGAGGAGGCGCAAGCGCAACAAAACAAGGUCAAGAGACGCAAGAGCGUCGCGUCGCUGUCUAAGAAGAGCAGCAGAGAAAGCAUCGGAACACCCGGCAGACCUCGCAGACAUACGAGGACCAGCACGGGUGCUUAAAGUAAAAGAGACAGAGAGAGAACCAGUUGAUGCUUGGGUUUUCACGCGGAAGUUUUCCUCCAUUGGUCAACAUUGCUUGACCGGUGUAACUUCUGAGAGCUUCCCGGACUCGGGC